GUUCAACAUAUCCGCCAGCGAGUUCGAUGCAGACGGUGUUUCCCCGACCGUGCAGGCCUUCCUUGCCCAAGUUGGAACCUUUCUUGAAGUUCCGCCGACCAACGUCAAGGUGGACUACCAGGGCUCCAUGAUGCACGUACAGAAAGCUAGCUUGAAGCCGGAAGCCUUUCAGGGAUUGCACUUGCCCAUAGCCAUAACAGGCGGCCUCAUUGAGGAUCUGUACGUGGAGGUCCCUGGUGGUGCCAAGGAGCCUGGUAAACUGUCUUUUGCCUCCCGCAGCCACGGCCGGAUGCGCAUUCAU